AUGGCAGGAGGUAGGAAUGAUCGUGCAAUCGCUGAUGCUCUACAAGCGAUGGCUCAGGCUCUUGGUAAUUUGAACCAACGACCAGAGAUAGAUUGGUUGGAGAGAUUCCAGCGAAAUAAUCCAUCUAGCUUCCGUGGGGGUUAUAAUCUUGAUGGAGCUGCUGACUGGAUAUUCAAAGUUGAAAAGAUAUUCCAAGCUAUGGGAUAUCCUUUGGCACAGAAGGUGACUUUGGCUGCCUUCAUGCUUUUUAGAGAGGCUGGCAUCUGGUGGCAAGGUGCUUUGCAAAGAAUGAUAGUUGCGGGUACGCAAGUGGAAUUCCUUGAAUUGAAGCAAGGAGAGGAUUUUGUGGCUGAGUAUGUGACUAAGUUUGAAGACUUGGUUAGAUUCUGUCCUAUGUAUGAUGGCGUGGGCAAUGAGGAGGAAAAAUGUGUGAAGUUUGUGAAUGGUCUUCGCCUUGAGAUUAAACAAGUUUUCAAUUAUCAAGAGAUCACUCACUAUCAUGAAUUGGUAAACAAGUGCCGAGUAUAUGAUGAGGACAACCGUGCUAGGGUAACUCAUUAUAAGAGUUGA